GGGGAAGCAGCUAUGAGAGCGAGAGGAAGAGAGGGUGACAAGGCUGUGCAGGGGAGCGGUGGCUGGGAGGGACCUUACAGGUUGGGAAGGCAGCCGGCUCCCCAGCCCAGCGUCCUGCGUCCUCCUCGUCCUCCUCCUGCAGCUGCGCUGGAAAAACCCCUGGGUCUGAGACGGAGCGGGGAGGCAGCAGGGCCCCCCACUGGCCCCGCAGAAGAUGCAGUUCUUCGGCCGCCUGGUUAACACCCUCAGCAGCGUCACCAGCCUGUUCUCUAACCCGUUCCGGGUGAAGGAGGUGACUCUGGCCGACUACACCUCGAGUGGCCGCAUUCGGGAGGAGGGGCAGCUGAUGCUAUUCCACAGCGUUCCCACUCGCACCUGGGACUGCAUCCUGGUCAGCCCCCGGAACUCACAGACCGCCUUCCGACUCUUCCAGCUGGAGACGGAGGCCGAGGCCCUGGUGACCUUCCAGCAGUAUUCCUCCCUGCUGCCGCCCUUCUACGAGAGCUCCGCCCACAUCCUGCAGGUGGAGGUCCUGCAGCAGCUGACCGACCUCAUCCGCAGCCACCCCAGCUGGUCGGUGGCCCACCUGGCGGUGGAGCUGGGCAUCCGCGAGUGCUUCCACCACAGCCGCAUCAUCAGCUGUGCCAACAGCACGGAGAGUCAGGAGGGCUGCACACCCCUGCACCUGGCCUGCCGCAAGGGGGACGCGGAGAUCCUGGCGGAGCUGGUGCAGUACUGCCACGCCCAGGUGGAUGUCACCGACAACAAUGGGGAGACGGCCUUCCACUACGCCGUCCAGGGUAACAGUGCCCAGGUGCUGCAGCUCCUAGGGAAGAGUGCCUCCGCCGGCCUGAACCAGGUGAACAACCAAGGGCUGACCCCGCUGCACCUGGCCUGCCAGAUGGGGAAGCCGGAAAUGGUCCAUGUGCUGCUGCUGUGCAACGCUCGCUGUAACGUCAUGGGGUCCCGCGGCUACCCCAUCCACACGGCCAUGAAGUUCUCCCAGAAGGGGUGUGCUGAAAUGAUCAUCAGCAUGGACAGCAGCCAGGUCCAUAGCAAAGACCCACGCUAUGGAGCCAGCCCCCUCCACUGGGCCAAGAAAGCAGAGAUGGCCCGCCUGCUGCUGAAACGAGGCUGCGACGUGAACAACACCAGCUCCGCGGGCAACACGGCUCUGCACGUGUCGGUGAUGCGCAACCGCUUCGACUGCGCCAUGGUGCUGCUGACCUACGGGGCCAACACCAAUGCCCGCGGGGAGCACGGCAACACGCCGCUGCACCUGGCCAUGUCGAGAGGCAACGUGGAGAUGAUCAAGGCCCUCAUUGUGUUUGGGGCAGAGGUGGACACCCCAAAUGACUGUGGGGAGACUCCUACCCACAUAGCCUCCAAGAUCAGCAAAGCUGGCACCAGGAAGGCAGUCUUAACUCUGCUGAGAAUCAUAGGGGCCAACCACCACUUCUCAGGGGCCCCCACAGAGCUGGGCUCCUCCGCAGCGCAGCAUUCCUUCUGCCCGGAAAGAUCUCAGCCCCCACCGAUCAGCUUAAACAGCCUAGAGCUGCAGGACCUGGUGCACAUCUCCCGGGCCCGGAAGCCCACCUUCAUCCUGAGCUCCAUGCGGGACGAGAAGCGGACCCACGACAACCUGCUCUGCCUGGACGGAGGGGGCGUGAAAGGCCUGGUCAUCAUCCAGCUCCUCAUCGCCAUCGAGAAGGCCUCGGGCGUCGCCACCAAGGACCUCUUCGACUGGGUGGCUGGGACCAGCACUGGCGGCAUCCUGGCCCUGGCCAUUCUGCACAGCAAGUCCAUGGUCUACAUGCGUGGCGUGUACUUCCGCAUGAAGGACGAGGUAUUCCGGGGCUCGCGGCCCUACGAGUCGGGGCCCCUGGAGGAGUUCCUGAAGCGGGAGUUUGGCGAGCACACCAAGAUGACAGACAUCAAGAAGCCCAAGGUGAUGCUGACAGGGACGCUGUCGGACCGGCAGCCGGCUGAACUCCACCUCUUCCGCAAUUACGAGGCCCCGGAAUGUGCACGGGAGCCUCGCUGCAGCCAGAACAUUAACCUCAAGCCUCCAACUCAGCCCUCAGAGCAGCUGGUGUGGCGGGCAGCCCGGAGCAGUGGGGCAGCUCCCACCUACUUCCGGCCGAGUGGGCGCUACCUGGAUGGCGGGCUGCUGGCCAACAACCCCACGCUGGACGCCAUGACCGAGAUCCAUGAGUACAACCAGGACAUGAUCCGCAAGGGUCAGGGCAGCAAGGUGAAGAAACUCUCCAUCGUCGUCUCUCUGGGGACAGGGAAGUCCCCGCAGGUACCCGUGACCUGUGUGGACGUCUUCCGUCCCAGCAACCCCUGGGAACUGGCGAAAACUGUCUUUGGGGCCAAGGAACUGGGCAAAAUGGUGGUGGACUGUUGCACGGAUCCGGACGGGCGGGCCGUGGACCGGGCCCGGGCCUGGUGCGAGAUGGUCGGCAUCCAGUACUUCAGAUUGAACCCCCAGCUGGGCACAGACAUCAUGCUGGACGAGGUGAGCGACACGGUGCUGGUCAACGCCCUCUGGGAGACCGAGGUGUACAUUCACGAGCACCGGGAGCAGUUCCAGAAGCUCGUCCAGCUGCUGCUGUCCCCCUAGGCCCCGCCCAGCCACCCCUCCACCUCUCACUCAGACACUAAGGGUGCCCUCGUUUGCCCAGCCCUGGGCUCCUCCAGUCCUCUGGGGUGCAGCCGCCCAUCUGCCCUCUGCCCUCUGCCCUCUGCCCUGGGGGUGGGGCUGGAGAAGCUACAGAAACUGGCCACCAUCCACCCCAUCAGCAGGGGGAUCCCACACUCGGGAGCAGGGUGCCCCAUUCAACUUUGCACCUCAGUACCCACCCCGCCACCUGCACCUCGGCUGCCCCACCUGUGAGCUGCCUCAGCUCCCAACGGCUGCUCCUGGACUUGUGAUUCUUCCCUGGACAGUGAUUUAUGAUGGGGCGGGGCGCCCCAGACUGUGAAAUAAACGGUUUGAUUCCGGUU